CCUCCUGGGGACCCGCGUCCUCGGCCUGUCCAGUGGCCAUGGGGUUAAAUUCACAGCCAGGCGCAGUCUCGGCUGCGGGGGGCCUGGGCUCCUUGGCCUUGGCCUGACGCUGGCCGGUCCCAGGGUGUGGGCUGGACGCUGGCUGGAGACUGACCUGGGCUCAGAGGCCCCGGGGCGGCGGGUUUGAGUGGGGCUGCGUUGUUCUUAGGGGACGGUUCAUUAGCGUCACAUUUCAUACCUUUAGGGCUUUGGGGGGUUUGUAGCCAGAUAACCAGCCCCGGGACAGAGCUGCUGGGGCUAAUUUUAGUCAUUGAAGCCAAAACCUCUCCAGGGCUGGUUUUGCAAGGCAGUCCCCACCCUGAGGGGCAUCCUGGCGUCCCCUGAGCCCCUGCGCCCUGGGAGAGGAGCUGGCAGACACCCCGGUCCUGAGGAGGCUCGGGCCCCUGCCCUGCUGCCCCCCGGCUGCUCUGCGUGGCUCAGGUGGCCUCCCCGCCCGGGUCAGGGCCUGGGUCGUUUCAGGCCCCACUGUUCGCCGUCUUCUCCUGGAAGGUGCUGCACCGGGUGGGAGCACCUGGGGGGCUCGGGGUGGUGUGUCCCCUGGGUGUCCCCUGGGUGUAUGCUGUGUCCUCGUGGGGGGUCCCCGUGUGUGUGGCAUCUUCUUGUACACAGUGCCUGGCAUGUGUGUGCGGGGAGCCGGCCCCCCGGGCUGCGUGUGUCUGUACGGUCUGUCCGUUAGGCUUUCUGCAGUGGGGCUCUGUCUGCCCUGUGGGAGCUGCGUGCCCAGGGUGGCAGCCGUUGCUGCCGGGCUCCACGAGGGUGGCUUCCCUCCCCUGCUGGAGAGUGACCCCGAACCCGGGAGGGAGGAGAGGGGCCUUCUGGAGGCUUCCAUGGGCUGUGCCGGCCACCCCAGACUGGCGCCGUACGUCUCGGUGGCCCCGUCCUUAGGACGCCCUUUCCGUUGAUCACGUUUCAUGCUUACCGUGUGUUGGUGGCUCCUGCUUGCCUCAUGCAGGGACACUGAGGCUCGGAGACCGGGGCCAGAGCAGACGAUGCCGGCUGUCCGGCCGUGGAGGCGUCAGCGGCUUCUGUGUUGACAUGGCCACAGUUGGGACAAAGCUUUUUGAGGCCUGUGGGUCCGUGUUAUCCAGCCCCUCCUCCCAGCCAGACCCAGGCCACCAAUCUGCCCCCCACUUUCUAAACAGUAGCUUCUAGGCAGGGGUCUUGGUCCCCAGGACCUGAGGGAGUCGGAGAACUCCAGCCCACGUGGAUGUGGUUGGGGUGAUGCAGAAGCACCUGCUUGUCGGAUGGCCCAUUUUGCACAGAGAGUUUUAGGAUGAUAGCACUAGGUGAAUCUUUUGCAGGUUGCUUGUUUUUGAUUGAUUUGCUGUUUGUUUGUUUGUUUUUCUUUAACAGUAUCAUUGAGCCGUAAUUCACAUACCAUGAAAUUCCUCCAUUUAAAGCGUUCAACUUGGCGGUUUUUAGUGCAGCCACAGAGCUGCACAGCUGUCACCACGUUCAGUUUUAGAACAUUUCCACCACCUCAAAAAGAAAUUCUGAACACUUUAGCUAUCACCCAACCCUCCCAUCCGCCCUCCCCAGCCCUCACCAACCUCUCACUUAUUUUCUGUCUCUAUGGAUCUGCCUGUUCCGGCUGCUUCGUGUAAACGGAGACAUGCAGCACGUGGUGCUUCGUGACUGGCUUCUUCCAGGCAGCACGUUUUCGAGGUUUGUCCACGUUGCUGCAAGUCUCAGAACUUCGUUCCUUUCUAAGGCCGUCUAGGUAAAACCCCAUUGCGUGGAUGAUCCUGCAUUUUGUUCAUCUGUUGAUUGACAUUUGGGUUGUUUCCACUUUUUGGCUCUUGUGGAAAAUGUUGCCUUGAGUCUUGGUUUAGUAGUUCCUGUGUGACCAUGUGUUUUCAGUUCUCUUGGGAACACACCUAGGCGUGGAACUACUGGAUCAAACGGUAACUCUUGUUCAGCUUUUCAAGAAUUUGCCAGACCAUUUUUUCCAAAGUGGCUGCAGCAUUUUACAUUCCCACUGGCAGCGUGUGAAGGUUCUGAUUUCUCCCCAUCGGAGAAACCUCCUUUGAUUAUCUGUUUUGAUUCUCUUCGUCCCAGUGGCUGCACAGUGCUAUGUCACUGUGGUUUUGAUUUGCAUUUCUCCAGUGGCUGAUGUUGAAUAUCUUUUCCUGUGCUUGUUGGCCAUUUGUAUAUCUUUUCUGGAGAAACGUUUAUUCAGAUCCUUUGCCCAUUUUUAAAUUGGGUUUUUUAUUAUUGAGUUGUAAGAGUUCUUUAUAUAUUCUAGAAUGGGGUUUGCAGAUAUCCUGUGGGUUCUCUUUUCACUUUCUUGAUGCACAGAAGUUUUUAAUUCUGGUGAAGUCCAGUUCACCUGUUGUCCUUUUGUUGCUCACACUUUUGGUGUUCUAUGUAAGAACCCUUUGCCAAAUCCAGGGUCAUGAGGAUUAACUCCAGUGUUUCCUCCCAGGAAUUUGAUAGCUGUGGCUCUUACAUUUAGGUUUUUGAUGCACUUGGAGUUGACUGUUGUCUGCGCUGUGAGGUAGGGGCCUCACCCCCUCCUUUUGUGUGGGGCUUUCCACCUCUUCUGGCACCAUCUGAUGAGACUUUCCUUUCUUCAUUGACUGGACUUGGCACCUCGUGGGAUCCUGCAUUAUUGUUUUUAAAUAAACUUUCAGAAUUGGAGCCUUGUCCAGGGAGAACCUGGGUGUCCUUGGGGCCACGAUGGCCCCGUGGGGACCCUGUGGCUGGAGCAGGCCCAGCCAGCCUGGGGCCGAGGGACCCUGCCUUCCCCUGGCCCCACGGGGGGAUCCGGCUUUGCUGCCAGGGUCUGUCCUGCUGCCUACUGCUACCUGCUGCUGCACGUCCGUCUUCCAGAGGGGACACCAAGGCCCGUGCCAGAAGCCACUUGGCAGGUCACAGGAUGAAUGAAUUGCCACGUGUCCGCUGCGUCGUGAACGUGUGGCCGGGGCAGCGAGGAGGGUCUGACUGGGUGUUAGGCUGGGGACGCGCCCUCGCUGGUGCCUUUGACCCGACAGUGGGCAGCAUCUCCCCAAGGGGAUCUUGGGCUUCCCAGCCUCGCUGUGAGGGGCUGAUCACCGCCCUCCUCUCUCCCUGGGUUCUAGGCUCCUGCCAGGGCCCGAUUUGCUCUUAAGCUGUCCCUGCUGGUCCUGUGGGUUUGGGGCGGGAGGGCUGCUGAGGCUCCCAAGAGCGUGUGGGCUCCUGCUCGGAAGCCCGGCAGGCUGAGCGAGCGCUCCAGGGCCUGGUAGUCGAUUAGCGUGAGCUUUGUGAGCUCUCCUGACAAGAUGGUUGUAUUUGCUCAUGGCAUUAAGCGUAGAUGAGGCUGUCAGGCGGGGCCUCUGAAAGCCCUUGGUCUCUGCUGGCGGAAGGCUCUGGGUGGGAUGUCACUGAGCCCAGCUCUGCCACCGCCGCGUGGGUUCGCCCCCUCGGCAGCCAUCCUCCUGCUCCCUGUCGUUGACUCAGGCAGGUUAAUUACUCUUGCACCAACAGCACACUUUGCAGCGCGGCUCUCCCAACACACGCUGAAUGCACAGAUCAACUCAGAGUCCGGAGAAAGUUCCGCUCCCUGCCAGGCGCGGGGCUGGCCGGCCGCUGCGGGUGCUGGGGAGGCUGAGCUGGCGGGUGGCCCUUCAGAGAAGGAGCCGGAGUGUGCGAAUAGCUGCUGGACGUGGCGCAGUGGAACAUCGGGAACCUGAGGAGCAUCUUGGACAUGGUGGAGCGCGAGUGCGGCACCGUGAUCGAGGGGGUCAACACCCCCUACCUGUACUUCGGCAUGUGGAAGACGACGUUCGCCUGGCACACCGAGGACAUGGACCUGUACAGCAUCAACUACCUGCACUUCGGGGAGCCCAAGUCCUGGUACGCCAUCCCGCCGGAGCACGGCAAGCGCCUGGAGCGACUGGCCAUCGGUUUCUUCCCCGGGAGCUCGCAGGGCUGUGAUGCUUUCCUGCGGCACAAGAUGACACUCAUCUCGCCCAUCAUCCUCAAGAAGUACGGGAUCCCCUUCAGCCGGAUCACGCAGGAGGCCGGGGAGUUCAUGAUCACAUUUCCUUACGGCUACCACGCCGGCUUCAAUCACGGGUUCAACUGCGCAGAGUCCACCAACUUUGCCACCCUGCGGUGGAUCGACUACGGCAAAGUGGCCACUCAGUGCACCUGCCGCAAGGACAUGGUGAAGAUCUCCAUGGACGUCUUCGUGCGCAUCCUGCAGCCCGAGCGCUACGAGCUGUGGAAGCAGGGCAAGGACCUCACGGCGCUGGACCACACGCGGCCCACGGCCCUGAGCAGCCCCGAGCUCAGCAGCUGGAGCGCCUCCCGCGUCGCGCUCAAGGCCCGGCUGCUGCGCAGACAAAUCGGUCUGAAGGAAAGCAGACACUGGAAAAAGACUGAGGAGGACAGAAAACCAAAUCUAGAAAGGAAGAAAGAGCAGACCAAAAAGCCCGGGCUGCCGUCCCACAGGAAACGGAGCCAGCCCAAGAAGCCCAAGCCAGAGGACUCGAAGGCCCUGGGUGAGGGUGCAGCCAUGGUGGCCCCCCUGGAGGAGGCGGUGCUGGAGGUGGACCCCGAGGAGGAGGAGGAGGAGCUGCUGUCGCAGGGCCAGGAGGCAGAGGGGGCCGAAGAGGACGGGCGUGGCCGGCCACGACCAGCCAAGGCCAGGGGCGACCGGAAGAAGAAGGGCCUCGGCCAGCUCCUCCCGCCCCUGCCCCUCUUGCCCCCGCCCCUGCCCGGCCCCUUCUCCACCGAGGAGGCGCUGCUGCCCCCGCUGGAGCCCCCCGUGCUGGCCCCGGCCCCCUCCGCCCAGGAGAGCCUCAAUGUGGUGCCCCCCGGGGGGCCCGGCGAGGAGGGCGAGGCCAAGCCGCGGCCCAUCAUCCCCAUGCUGUACGUGGUGCCGCGGGCGCACGCCAACGCCUCGGACAAGGAGCGCACAGCCCGGCAGCCAGGCCCCAGCUGGCAGGAGCAGGUCG